CUCGAAUGAAGGUUCAGUCCAUGUGUUGUAGUUACACAUUAGUUCGAAUCUCGAGGUGUGAGAAUGAGCGCAUCACAUGACUGCAGCACGUCCUCCUCUCCUCUCCUCUCCUCUCCUCUCCUCUCCUCUCCUCCUCCACACACUCAGUGUAAACACCGCUUUGUCUCUGAGCCUGUGUCUGGAGCUCUGCACUCGCCAUGCCAUGGAUGCUUUAUGGCAAUACCAGUUCAGGAUCAUUUUACUGGGGGACUCGACGGUGGGCAAAUCAUCUCUGCUCAAGAGGUUCACGGAUGGCGUCUACAGCGACGUCGCGGACCCCACGGUCGGCGUGGACUUCUACGCCCGCUCUCUAGACAUCGAGCCCGGGGUUAAAAUCAAGCUACAGAUAUGGGACACAGCCGGACAGGAGAGAUUCAGGUCCAUCACCACUUCCUACUAUCGCAACUCUGUGGGCGGCCUCUUAGUCUUCGACCUGACGAACAGGAAGACUUUCGAUCACAUACGGGAAUGGCACCGAGAGGUCAGCGAGCACAUCCUGCCUCAUCACAUGAUCUACAUCCUAAUCGGCCACAAGAGCGACCUGAACCGCGACCGCAAGGUGACACGGGACGAGGCCGAGCAGCUGGCGGCCGAACUCGGCAUCCGCUACGUGGAGACUUCAGCCAAGUGCAACAGCAACGUGGAGCGUGCUUUCGAGCUGCUCUCACGGGACAUCUAUGAGCUGAUGAAGAUGGGCGAGAUCUCCACACGUGAAGGCUGGGACGGGGUCAAGAGCGGCCUCAUCCCGAAAGUUCUGUACCCCGCCGAGGAGGAAGCAGAACGAGAAAAGAGCUGCAACUGCUGACUCCCACGAUCCACCUGCAAUCGUUGUCGCUCACCUCGGCUUUCACUAACAUGUCGCAUCAUGGACACUGCCUCAGGCCUGGACCACUGCACUUACCUUGGUGUUGCUAUCUGAGGUUAAUGGCACAAGCCACUCAAAGGUGUAGUAUAUUUGGGCUUGAAUGGACAGGCCCUGCUUCAUAUUGUUGGAGAUUUUGCAGGAAAUUUGUGGAUAGCAUGCAGAUAAAUGUUUUUAGAGUGUUGUUGCACUUCACAUCCUCUGGAGCUAAUACUGUUUAUUUGGCUUGUUCCUUUCCGUUUAACCAGGGUACAGUUAUUAUUAAAAGAGAACAUCUAGUGAUAGCAAUCUUAUUUACAGUUAAAGGAUUUAAAGACCCCAUAAAAUGAUCCAUGAUUUGCUUCUUCCUAU